UAAUUCUUCUUGUUUAUAAACGGACCAAUUCUACAGAGAAGAAAGAAGAUCCCAACAAUCACUUAGAAGACAGAGCAAAAGCAACAAAAAGUAUAUAUGUUGUUAGUUUAUUACUUCAUCUGUUUCUUACUUUUCAUCUCCUCUGCAUUCUUCCUAUUCAAAUGGAUCUUCUCUUCUUCAACCUCCCACAAAAUUCUACCACCGUCGCCACCGAAACUCCCAAUUCUCGGAAACGUUCACCAACUAGGCCUGUAUCCUCACCGCUCUCUCCACUCACUAGCUCAACGCUAUGGCCCUCUUAUGCUCCUUCAUAUUGGAAGAGUGCCAGUACUCAUCAUCUCCUCUGCAAAUGCUGCUCGUGAGAUCAUGAAGACGCACGAUCUCAUAUUCUCAAACAGACCCAAAUCCAUUAUAGGAGACAGGCUUCUCUAUGAUGGUAAGGAUGUGGCGGGUGCUCCUUACGGUGAGUAUUGGAGACAGAUAAGAAGCAUUUGCGUGCUCCAACUUUUAAGUAAUUCGAGGGUUCAGUCUUUUAGAACCGUAAGAGAAGAAGAAAUAGAACUAUUUAUCAAAAAGAUUGAAAGUCUUGCAUCAUUGUCAUUGCCAGUGAAUUUGAGCGAAAUGUUCUCUUUUCUUACAAAUGAUGUUGUAUGUCGGGCAGCUUUAGGGAGGAAGUAUAGCGAAGGUGAAGGUGGGAGAAAGUUCAAGGAGUUGCUGGGGGAGUUUACUGGAUUAUUAGGUGGUUUCAAUAUAGGGGAUUUCAUUCCAUGGCUUACAUGGAUAAAUUAUUUCAACGGUACAGAUGCUAAAGUGAAGAAAGUUGCCAAAGAGUUUGAUCAGUUUCUAGAUAAAGUUGUUGAAGAACACUCACAUGGUCAGGAAAGAGAGAUUAAAAGCCAUGGAGUUGUCAAAAGUGAAGACGGAAAGGAUUUUGUGGAUGUUUUGCUUGAGGUUCAAAAGGAUAACAAGGGUGACUUUUCCUUCGAUAAAGUUAGCGUCAAAGCUCUCAUCCUGGAUAUAUUUGCUGCUGGAACUGAUACCACAUACACAGUCAUGGAAUGGGCAAUGGCGGAGCUCUUGAGGCACCCGAGAGUAAUGAAGGAAUUGCAGAAUGAAGUGAGGCGAAUCGCCAAUGGCAAACAGAAAAUAAAGGAAGAAGAUUUAGAUAAAAUGCAUUACUUGAAAGCUGUACUCAAAGAGACCCUGCGUUUACAUCCGCCUAUUCCGUUACUAGUUCCCCGAGAAUCAACCCGGGAUGUCAAAAUUAAGGGCUAUGACAUAUCGGCAGGAACAACAGUAAUCACAAAUGCUUGGGCAAUUGGAAGAGAUCCCACCUCAUGGGACAAAUCUGAUGAGUUUACUCCUGAGAGGUUCUUGAACAAUUCUAUAGACUUUAAAGGACAAGAUUUCCAACUGAUACCAUUCGGAGCUGGCAGGAGGGGUUGCCCUGGAACAUUAUUUGCGAUGGCCACUAAUGAGAUUGUGUUGGCAAAUCUCGUUCACAAGUUUGAUUGGUCAUUGCCUGUUGGAACAAAACCUGAAGAUUUGGACAUGACAGAAUGUACUGGUCUUACCGCCCACAGAAUGGUUCCUCUUCUUGCUGUUGCAACUCCAACUUCUUAUUAAUUAGUUCAAGAUUCCGUAUAGUAAAUAAAAACCAUUUUUUAUAUAUCUAAUCAUAAAUGAGAAUUCCGAUGACAGUGUAAAAGUAUUGUGCGUUUUGUUUUCAAGUCUGUU